UCCCCUGUCCUCUGGUCAAUUCCCUGUCUCCUCCCAACUGGUCAGUUGUGAUAAGUGAAGGGAGUUGACGAUGCAUUCAAAUACGACCACUUUACGCCAGGAAGUGGAGCCAGUGUAUUUCCUUCUCCCUCUUUAUUGAAAGGUUGUGCCAAAAUAAGUAGCAGCAGGACACCCGAGGCUUGGACACUUCAUCCACUGACCACGCAGUCUGGAGUCUGAGGGGCGAAGAGUCAUCAUGAAGACGACCGAGCUUCUUGUGUUCCUUCUGUUCGUGUCCCUUCAAGUCUUCACACCAGUUUCAUCAGAAAACACAACAAGUAAAGUCCCGGUCGAUGUGACUUCAAAGACACCAGAAGACAGGAGUUCUCCAACCGUACUGACGCACGUACACGAUGACGUCACAACCCUCCGCAGUCAACACACACACACAAAUACAGGUAACAGCACCAACAAGUCUGAACAAGCGACUACACCGCAAGCAUCAAACAUAACAACACCAGUUUCAACUGAACCUCCAGUGUUGACCACAUCUUCACACCCAGGAGGACCUACAGAUGUUCCACCUUUUGAAUCCACAGUUGAAAACCGGGUCAACAAUGUCACGCAAGAGGUGCAAGCAAGAAGUCAUCGCAACCACGACCAAGGCAACCGAUCAGUGACAACAGAGAUUCCAGCACAUCCUCCGCCUGUAAACCAAAGCAACCCCAACGCCACGCUCCCCCCUCAGUCAGGCAUGAGCACAUCUGCCCCCCCACACACAUCUGCCCCCACACACACAUCUGCCCCAGGCUUGCAAGUCAAACCAGAACGUGCCGGAGAGAAGGGUGCUGGUUCUCAGAAAGGGAGUGAGGGGCAGUCCGUUGCCAAAUCAGACAAAAGGCUGUGGUGGAUUCUGCUGCCUGCUCUCCUUGUUGCAGCUGCUGCUGCCAUUUUCUUCAAAUUUAAAAGCAAGAAGAUCAACGACCACACAGAAACCAUUGACACCGGAACUGAGAACGCAUCUUUCCAGAGCAGACCUGAAAGCAGCAAAGAUGGUGUCAUGCUCCUCAGGGUGAAGUCAUCGGGCGGAGAAGAAAAUGCUGCAGCAAGAUAAAAAUAAAAGGAGGGCAGUGACAUCAAGACUGAUCUGUGGAUUCGUCACGACUUCACCCCCGUGCUGAUCUCACGGAGGAACUAUUGAGAUGUUUGAUAUUUCUUCUUUCAAAUUAAGUGACACGUUGUGUUUUCUGUGAAGCAGAAAAAGCAUUGAACGGUGUUUUUUUAUUGAAUGUGUGUUUACAGAGCCAGCCCAAGGCAUGAGCCAACUAAGCGGCCAAUAGUGUGUGGGGAAAAAACAGAAACAUUUGAACAUAUUAAAGAAAUGUAGAUAUCUUUAGAUAUCUAAAUAGUGUUGAUCUUAAGUUAUUUGGUUUUAUUUUAGAGUUAAAGGUUGCUCAUUUAGUGCACAUUUGCACAUCUGUUAGUAUCACCGCUCUAUAAUUUAAUUUAAUACUUGGCCACAUUUAGGGGGAUUUUACUGCCCUCUAGGGUUUAAAAAACAAUAGUGUUUGGUGUAAAUAACUCAGCUAUACUUAAUGCAAUUUAUAGUAUUAAAUUUGUAUCAAUAAUAGUAAAGCACCAGCUACUCUUAAUUCAUGAGGGGGGGAUUGGGGUGAACACCAAAUUAAAUUCAUCUUAGAUUCCCAUAAAGGCUUGGGCCGGCCCUGUGUGUGUAUGUGUGACUGUGAUUGUCAAACUCAGAGAGAGACAGAGAGAGAGAGUGUGAACUUAUACAUAAACACUAAAGACAUGAAACUGCAAACCUCCUUACCUACAUUUUCUUAAACUGUGCACUGACCUCACAUCAUCACACAUUUGAUGUAGCGACUGUUCUUAUAUUAUCAUGUUUUUAUGUUUGAGUUGGAAUUGGGGUUAAGUUAGGGUUAGGGCUAGGGAAUGCAUCAUGUCAAGGAUGUGUCCUCACAAAGUCAUAAAAACAAGUGUGAGUGUGUCAUUCAAUAUCCCCAAACGAACAACUGCACAACAACAACAACAACAACACCACCACACAUUCACCAUUGGUUUUGUAUUUCACUAAACUCGUGCUACUAAGAAGAGUUUUGCAGUAAUGGAAGGAACUUUAAUGUUUGUUAAUAUGAAUAUGUCAAUUCAGAAAGCUGUAUUUUAAGACACUGGAACUACUUUAGGGCUGGAUUUUUUUCUUUUGUUCAACCUCAAUUUCCUGAAUAAAAUAACUGAAAGGUU